GAUGUCGCUAUAGGUAUAUCCAAAAAGUCAUGGCGGAUUUCUCAGUGGAUUUUUACCGAUUUGCAGUGGUAAUUUGUGGGUAGAAGUAUUAUUACCGGCGUAGAAAUAAUUUGAGCUCGUUCUGUUAGCAAAGUGGUAAAUCAGCGACACGCGUCACAUUGAAGCCAUUGGCCAAUUUCGCAAAUUACUCUGCUGAAACGUCGGACUUCGAUAGAUUGACUCGUCUCGGAUUUCGGGAGUCCCAGGUUGAAUAGAUUUUUGUACGUCGCUCCAUACUGUAAUUAAUUUACUACGCCUACGAUGACACAGUAGCCGGUGGGAGGCGUAGUCCGCCAUCGCAUAAAACGUUUCAAAUACAGAUAAGUGGAUAUAAUAAUGAACGAGGGAGCGCCGGUAAUGUAUCAUGCGAACGGGGGUUUCGGAGGCCCUGCGCCCGUAUAUAUGGUAACAAAUGGCGAGCGGCAGCGGCAGUUCGCCUUGGAGGCGCUGCAGGCCACGGCAGGGUCCGGCGGCCGGAGCGGAGGCUCUCCGGCGCACCAGCAGGGCACGCCGCGCCGCUGGCAGCCGCGCAGGGACCGCCCACAUAGCAACAAGACAGAAAACACAGCAUUUGGCUAUGAUUCUGAUGAUUCAAGUUUAUCCAGCAAUGCUUCGGGCUCAAACAAAUCUGGAGAGAAGGACGAGGGCACAUCGCGCAGUUCAGAGCGCGGCAACGCGGGCGCCGCCGGCGGACACGCGGGGAACUACUCGCGCGAGUGGCGCCCUCGCCAUCGCCACUCGCAGCCCGCCCGCCACCGCCGCCUGGCGCCCGACCGCUACAUCAGCUCCUACGCGUUCCAGGUCAAGUUCACCCCCGACGAUCUGCUCACAGGCUCAAAGUUCGACACACUGUCGCAGGAGAUGUGGGACAAGUUCAUCAAAUCGCAGCAGAGCGAGGAGACCUUCCGGAGGAAGAUGACGCUGUGGAGAUAUCUCUAUAUUAAUAUUAAGCGGAUAUUCCCCCGCUACUCGCUGUACGUGGUGGGGUCGACCAUGUCCGGCUUCGCGCUGGACUCGUCCGACAUGGACCUGUGUCUGUACGUGCGUCCGCUGGAGAAUGUGGAGCCGCGUGCGCACGCGCUGCUGCACCUCAACUACAUACUGAGCUACAUCCGGAGCUUUGAUCCCAACGCGGAGUUGAUCCAAGCCAAAGUGCCCAUCCUGAAGUUCCGCGACCCGCGGCACGGGCUGCAGGUGGACCUCAACUGCAACAACGUAGUCGGCGUCCGGAACACUACGCUGCUCAACACCUUCUCUCGGAUGGACUGGCGCGUGCGGCCGCUGGUGUCGCUGAGCAAGCUGUGGGCGCGCGCGCACAACAUCAACGACGCGCGCGCGCGCACGCUCAGCUCCUACGCGCUCACGCUCAUGGUCAUACACUUCCUGCAGUGUGGCACAAACCCGGCGAUCCUGCCGCGCGGCACGGAGGCGAGCGAGUGGGGCGAGUGGGGCGAGUGGGCCCACUGGGGCCGGCACAGCAACCGGUCGUCGCUGGCGGAGCUGUUCGUGCAGCUGCUGCGCUACUACGCGGAGUUCCCGUACUCGCGCAUGUGUGUGUCGGUGCGGCUGGGCGCGCGCGUGCCGCUGGCCGAGUGCGCGGGCGAGGCGCAGCAGUGGAAGCUGAUCGCGGUGGAGGAGCCCUUCGACCUCAGCAACACUGCGCGCUCGGUGUACGACCCCGACACCUUCGGCCGCAUCGUGGCCGCCUUCCGCGACUCUCACCGCCGCCUGGCCGCCGGCCUCCGCCUCGCCGACGCCUGGCCCGAGCGAUGACCGCGGCGCCGUCUCAUCGACUCCAUUUUAUUUUCUAGAUUUAUAUUUAUUGCGGCGAUCCGACGAAUCUCGGCUCUCGGGUUUGUCGGCGGGAAAGUUCCGUGGUUCGGUCCGACUCGGCCUUUGACGGCGAUAGAUAUAGCGACCUUGGAUUAUUAAGUGAUUGACGGUGACGACGGUCGUCGAAUAUAUCUACCGCUCUGUAGAAGAGCAAAUUUUUCGCUUUAUACGAUCGGUGUAUAAAGAAGGUAAAAGUGUUGAUUCGGGCUACGGGAACGUGUACGAAGCGCACGAUCGCGUGUUUUUGCAGCUAUUUGAGAAAUUGAACACGUCACAAACCGUAUUCUAAAUCUGUCGCAUCGCUGUAUUGUAUUGCAUGUGUUAUCGCUGCCGUAAUGCAACCAAAAACGCUGAAAUUAAGACUGAGUCAUUUCGCUAGAACUCCACUAAAGAAUUUUCUCGGCUGUCGGGACGCGACGGGUAAUGAAUGAUACAUAACUGGCAGUUUUGAAAAUAAAACACUCACUUUUCGUCUCGAUCGUGUACGUCACAACAAUCAUAAAAUUAGAUUUGCAUUCAUUUGCCAAUCGGUCACACACUCAUAUGAAUCGCUCUUUUAGAUUUUGUUUCCCGAGUUGACAUUUGGGAUGUGUGACAUGCGUCAAAUGAUGUUUUGAUCAAAAUUUGGUCCAGUGUUUUAUUUUCAAAGCGUUAUCAGAAUCGGACUAGUCUGUGGAACAAAGCGUCGCCGGCCGAGGAGCAUUAGAUAUAUCAUGUUAGGUGUGCUAGUCGCGUCGUCUGCGCCCGCUCAAGCGGGCAAGUUCCUAUAGUAUUGCCGCAGACGUAUACCUUUGGCGAUGACAAUAAUGUGAGAAAUCCUAUUGUUGAGUGACUCGCGUUACGAACCGGCCAUCACGCGUCCGUUUUUAAUGUUUAUAUUGUUUAUUUAUAAGUUAUUUAAAUAAUAUGUAUUGUACAUAGUAAGAAUGAAAGUUACCAAAAAAAAAAACAUAAAUAUUGGAAUGUUUUAAGACUUUUAAGGUCCUCUGUUUUAUGUAAAUAGUAUGUUGUGAGAGGGUAAAUGACAAAAAAAUAUUAUAUAUACAGUUAUAUGGUGUAUGUUGUUGGGGUAGGCGUAGGCAGUCGCGAAGGAGUUCCGAUUCGUGUGCUCUGGGUUGGAGCUACGCGCCGUGUCGACUGGAGGGAAAUGUGCCUGGGAUGUGGCGAUGUCGUACCUUGCUAUAGAGGUGAAGCUAUUAGGAAGUUCGAGAAUCGACCAAUCAGCGCAUCGUAUGCAUAUGGAGCGGUGAUUGGUCGAUUUUCACUAUCUAGUUCCGCUUCUAUGUCGAAGGCAACUAACCCUGCGAUCUAUGCUAGAACAUUCACGGGAAUCUAGUAUGAGCUUCUGUGCAUGUCUCUAGCAUAAAUAUUUAAAUUACUCGCUAAAGUUCAUUCCAUUAAGACACAUUUUCUUUGAGUUUCAUGGCGACACGCAGGCCUGAUAUGUUUUCAAAAUACUAAUAUAUAAUAAUAAUAUAAAUAAGUACAUUAAGGUGCUAUUACAGUAAUUUGCUCCAAAUUGCAAGUGCAAUAAAGUCAGUGGUGCUAAAAUAUUAUGUUGCCUUACGAGCGCUUCCUGGCUUGACGGUCGACGGGGCACGGGGCGAUCAAAUGUUAAGCAUAUCUUUUAAAAAAUUAACAGAGAUUGUACAAAUUGUUAUAUGCGCCCCGUGUUGCCCGUCUGUAGACGUAAAAUUUAUAUAUCAAACACUAUUUUAUUCGUUUCGUGGAUGAAGUUAACAGUAUUUUUUCCAUUAAUAUUUUUUUAAACCCAUGAAAUUGUAGUGUUGUCCUGCAUUUUUGUAACCCAAAAGCAGUCUGCCAAAUUCAAGCAUUUAUUAAAAUUCCUUCUGAAAUUAUCUAAAUUUGGCGGAUUUGUAUUCGUUUUGUUUUAUGAAAUUGUAUUCGGUCAAGCGUAAUGAUUUAACAUUAUAUUGCCAUUUCCAUAUCAAAAACGGUGUAAUAGCGAACCUUUAUUAAUCUACCCAUCCCUUUCGUGCAUAAAAAACACACUUAGGGUCAGUCUCCAACGAAGAAGAGAGCUGUGUUUUAACAGCGAAUUUCGUAUCGAGAUUGUAUUGGUUGUUACAUCUGAGCACUGCUGAGAGCGGCGCCUCGCGAGUGUCCGCUUCGCUUCCGAACACACCAGCGCCCGGCGCCGGGCGACGCCUGCCGUUUUUAUAAGCCUAUGUAUAAGUUUUAUAUCAAUUUUACAUAAGAGGCACUUGUCGCGCUGGAAUAUUGAAGUACAAUAAAUAAUUUUAAAAUGUGCUAUAUAAUAAGAAAACUGAUUAUAGUUAUCGAUGCAAAGUGUCUCAAAAACUGUUUAAUUUUUGAAAAAAGUUAUAAAACUCGAAACCAAUACAAAAAAAUAUAUUGAAAAAUCCAAAAAAAAUAUACAAAAAAAUAUUUAAAAAUCACAAAAAAAUACACAAAACAAAAAUAAAAUUCUGAAAAAAUCUUUUUAUUUUGACUUCUUUAAUGUCAGAUUUAUCGCAUGUUUUGACUCGUUUCGGAGCGUACAUCUGCUCUGCGCAUGUUCAUAAGCUAUUCUGCUACACACUGUACUUUCGUUCGCACUUUGGCUAUCGACUGCCAUAGUGUGAUCAUGUACAACGCUGUCGAAAAACUUUUCUCGUCACAUUCGACCAUUUUUUGCAACCUCAUCCUGCCCCCAUAAUGCUUAUGAAAACUUUAGGGGCUAAUUGCUCGUAUUCAUUUCUGUUUGGGACCAAGGGACGAAAGUCGUAAGUCAAUUCUCAGUGUCAGUCUUUAAAAAAUAAUUUACUACCGGUCCGAUAGAAUGUACUGAAAAAAUAUUUAGAGAUCUUUAAAUUCACACAAUGGGUAUUUUAUGACACUGUGAAUUUUACCUGAAUAGAAAUUAUUUCGGGCAAACACAGCAACCAGUCACAAUAAAGCACCUCCUAAUGUAAAACUCAGAAAUAAACUUUAAUUUUCAGUUUAAUUGUAACUACUCAACAGAACGCCUUGAGAACUGGUUUGCUUUUGUUUUGUUAAUUGGUGCUCUUUGGAUUUAUUUUCAAAAUUACUAAAUGAGUUGUUUGAAUUAACAAUAUAACAUAUUCUUAAAUUCAAGAAUUUGUUUCAAUGAAAGGCCUUGUGCGAAGUUUUUUCGAAAUCGAUCAUAUUAGAAGAUUUUAGUUACCCAUUUUUCUUGUGUCAAUCAUCCAUCUUGUAAAUAGAUAAAGAAUAGAAAGAGUACAAAUAAAUCUUCUGAUGUGUUUUAGCUGGCCUCACACAAGUGCCUGGCCACAAAUUUCGAUAUUGCGGUUUGAAAUCGUUAUUUAUAUUUAGUAUAUUAUUUGUUUAUUUUUGACGCAUAAUCACUGCCAGACCAUAAGAACUGGUUUAAUAUUUUUGUCAAAAGAAAAUUUUCAACAACUUCUCAUGUACUUAAUGUUACAAAAUUGCGAUGAAAGUUCAAGUUAAUAAAAUGCAAUUUACAAAACAGUGAACAAUUCGGAUUUUCAUAAAUUAUGCAAAUCAACAAGUGCAACGUUCGUUGUAUAUUUUGUGUAUCAUAAAUCUGUAAAAUAUUUCCCAAUUCUAAAAUUAUUUUCGCUGUCUAUUUUUUUGAUAUACAUUUUUGUCUUGUGUUGCAUUUUAUUUUUUGAACACAAGCAGUCGUCAUUGUUGUACAAAAUAUUGUAAAGAAGAUAUUCUGUAAUAGUUAAAUAUAUACAAACUGCCAAAAUAUUGUUUGAUUUUAAGAUAAAUCAAUAUUUCUCAUAA